UUGGCAUUACAUGUGACUUCUAUUUAUAUCUACGACGGAAAGUGACUACGUAUAUGCAAGAAACCUAAUAAAAUUAAACCAAAUAUUGUAAAUAAAUUACAAACCUUUAUAUUAGAAUUUUAUACAAUAAACAUGAUACGAUCUAUCGGUAAUCCUAUUAGAUGCAGAGUACAAUUACAACAUGUGAUGUCAAAUAAAUAUUCAAGUACACCAAAGUCUGAUGGAAAUGAAAAAAAGGAAUCACAAAGAAUGGCUGAAUUCAGGAAAAAAUUAAGGGAAACUACACCAAUUGAUGAUCUUGGAGAACAGCCAUUAAUUCAUCCAUCUCAGAAAAAUGAUGCUUAUCAACCAUUCCCUGACAACACUAACCCAGACACAGGAGAAGUAGGUGGACCACGAGGACCAGAACCUACAAGAUAUGGGGAUUGGGAGAGGAAAGGCAGAGUAUCAGACUUCUAAAACGUCAUUUCAAUUUGUUAUUGUAUUAUGUAGCAAAUAUUUAAAACUUUAGAUCUCAUUGAAAAUGCAAUAAAUAUUUUUUUAAUAA